GAGACCAAUGAGAGGGAGCCGGACACGCUCGACUUCAGAUCAACUUAUAAGGAAUUAUCAAAGAGAAGAAGAGGGAAAUGGAGCAGAAUGGGACCAGUGGUGAGGAAGCGUCGGCGGACGUCGAGCUGGCCGCAGAGAUAAUGAAGAAACAUUUCCGUCCAUCGCUGAUCAAAAUAAAAGCGUGGGAAAGUUACAAGUUGGCAGACAUGGAGAUUAAAAUCUCAGAGUCUACAGACUGCUACGGUGCUGUUCUCUGGCCUUCUGCCAUGGUGUUGUGCCAUUUCCUGGACACUCACCGUGAUGAAUACAACCUCAUGGAUAAGAACAUCAUUGAACUGGGAGCUGGGACGGGACUGGUUACCAUAGUAACCAGCCUUUUAGGUGCAAAAGUGACCUCUACAGACCUGCCGGAUGUUCUGGGUAACAUGAGGCACAACAUUCUACACAACACCAGAGGACGCUGUCGCUACGAGCCCCACGUGACCGAGCUCAUCUGGGGUCAACAGCUGGAAGAACGCUUCCCACGGGCGUCCUGUCAGUACGACUACAUCAUGGCUGCAGAUGUGGUUUAUUCACAUCCAUACCUGGACGAGCUGAUGGAGACCUUCGUGCACCUGUGUUCUGAUAACACCAUCAUCUUAUGGGCCAUGAGGUUUCGUCUGGAUCCAGAGAACAGCUUCGUGGACAGAUUUGAGAAACUGUUUCACCUCCAGGAGCUCUACAAUCUGCCCAGUCUUAGUAUAAAGUUGUACAGCGCACAGAAAAGACAGGGAGCCCCGGCGUAAACUGGAGUUAAACACAUCACAGCAUUGUAUUGAUGUUUUACAUUCAUUGUGUAAAGUUAACAUUGAUAGAUCUGGAUAGAAAGAUAUACUUGUUUCAUGUUUUAUUUCAUUUUAUUAUUCUAUUUAAUUUAUCCCAUUUAUUACAAUAUUCAUCUAUCAUAUGUAUUAAUUCGUUUAUUUUAUUAUUCACUUCUAUUUGUAUUACUUGUUCCUUACUUUUCUGUUGUUUAACCUCGUUAGGAGUUGUAUUGUGACUUAUGCUGAUAUGAGUAUCAAUUGUUCUCCAUCUCAAGGUUCAUAAUAAUGUCAUGAGACAAUGUUUUGAUACUGUAAUCUUGAAUGGUUAAAACACAUAUUGAAUCUGUUUCUAGUCAGACAAAGUUUGACAGAGCUUGACUAAGC